AUGGAUAGUCUGCAGAGCACAGACAAUUUGCUAGGAUGGCUUAAAUCAGUAUCACUUCAUUGGGAGGUGCCUGUCUUCAGUGCGCUUAUUUAUGUCGUGUGGGUCCUUAGGAAUAACAAGCGCAUCAAAGAAAAGCACGAAAAGAAGGAAAUUCUAAACCCGCAAUCAAGUGCAUCAGAAAAAACUGUGGCACGCAAGGCACAGAAGAGCAUGCAACUGAAAACCAUGAUUUUCUUGCACAACAUGGGAAUGUCCCUCUUUAGCAUGCUUGUUUUCAAGAAGACCUUUGAGGUAAUUUCCACUGGGUUCUCAACCAUGUCAUUUGAAGCCUUCCUAUCUGACUCAGAUGGAUCAAUGGAAAGAGGCCUUUCCCCGUGGAUCUGGAUAUUUUAUAUCUCAAAAUACUACGAAGUGGUUGAUACACUGAUACUUUUCCUAAGCCACAAAGAAAGUUCUUUCUUGCAGAUGUACCACCAUGCAGGCGCAAUUGUUGCAUGCUGGCUUGUUUCCUUGUCGCAGUCGUAUUCUGGCUGGAUCUGGGUUGUGCUAAAUUCCUUCAUCCAUAGCACAAUGUAUUUAUACUACGCAAUGACAGUCAUUGGCAUCAGGGCGCCCUUUAAGAGGCUUAUUACAUUCAUGCAGAUAGCCCAGUUCUUUGUUGGUCUUUUCUUUGGUGCCAUAUAUAUCAGCCGAGAGUCUACCUUUAGCACAGAACCCACCCUUAGGUUCUACCAAUACUCAGCUAUUAUCUUCAAUGUUGUAUAUGUGAUAAUUCUUAUAGGACUGUUCCUUAACUUUGAGAGGCAGACGUACAGAAAGGUAGCAGCAAAACAGAAAUCUGCACCCAUCCAGGAAUCCCUCCUAGAAAGUGCACCUAUUCCUGUCUCCCCGACAUCAAGUGCCCUUCUAAGCCCCUCGUAA